CGCCCGGUUCAACAUGUCUUCCUUAGCAAAACAGCUAAAACAACUCCAGAUUCCUCAGAAUUUAGUUGGCCCAGCCACUAAAAAACAAGCACAUAAAGCAUCUUUAUUAUUUGACGGACGAGAAGCCGCGGAUAUCGAUAAUGAGACUAUAUUUUCCUUGGCUUCAAAUGGACUUGAAGAACUCAAAGCCAUUGAACCGGCCUUUGGUGCAUUCCAAGAAACUCUCUUUAGUGAACUCUCUAAAAAGAUGGAACGAUCUUUGCAGACAAAAGAAUUUAAUGAACGCUUAAAUAAGCAAAUAUCAGAGUUUCUGAGGUAUCUAUCACCGUAUUUUUUGUUGAAGCCAGCGCACAAGGCACUGGAAUGGCUUAUAAGAAGGUACAGAAUCCACAUCUCAAACGAAGAUGAAUUGGUGUCUUGUAUCCUUCCUUAUCACGAGACAAACCUCUUCGUUCGAGUCGUCCAGCUAUUAAAAGUACGAAAUCCAGCUUCUAAUUAUCACUGGCUCGAACCACUUCAGAAAUCAGGGACGCCUCUUGCCAAAACUACCCUGUUGAAUAAAUGUACUACAGAUAUGGCUUUCUUGAAUAGUAUAUGUGAAAUGGUCCCAAAGGCUUUGGAGUUAGACCGAUCAGCUUCAAGUUUAAGGGUUGUACUUACGUUUUAUGCAUCGACUGUGGUUGGAACUUUAGAAAUGAUGGAGAGAAUUACAGAAGAGAUCAUUACUUUUUUACUACCUUACAUUGUGAAGGGUUUGAAAUCCUCUGUUUCUGAGUACUGUAGUGCUUCUUACAUGAUUAUUGCACAACUGUGUAAUAAGUGUUCUUUGGAAGACAAAUUGGUCAAGUCACUGAUGGAAUGCAUCUGCAAGCAUCUCAAGGAGGAGCUAGCAAUGGAAGGUCUUAUGUGUUUGACCAUUAUUUGUUCAUCUCAAGCAAAACAAAGGUUCCCCAAGAAGGCAUUCAAAAAUCUCAUGUCACUGGACGGCAUUAGCAAUCAUAUCUGUCAGCUAUCCAACAAGUGUGAUAUUACAGCAUUGUUACAAGUUUUACUGCCACAGUUAGCGUCUGCAGUGAUCAAAGAAUGUCUUCCAGCUGAAGAUUCCUCCAAGGAUAGUCGUUUUGCUGAUUGUUUGUAUACUUUGGCUAAACAACUUGAAAUGGAGAAGUCCUUGGUUAAACUGUUUGCCAGGUCUGUGCUUAUUGAAUACUGUAAAGCAAGAAAUGACAUGUCUGAUGACCCAGCACAUGUUAAAAAACUGAAUAAAUGUUUAAAAUUACUAGCACAGUUUUUAGAAAAAAGAUACCCAAUAGAAUUAGAAACUGCACUAGAGGAAUACCUUGACGGGCUAAAGUCAAGUCUAGAAGGAGAAUCAGAAGAGACUGUCUAUCAGUAUUCACAGUGGACUCUGGAGUUCAUGUCACUGGCUCUCUCAGGAUGCAAAUCCAAGGUUAUUCCUGAUUCAAGUGCUUCAUUGAUGCUCAGUCUUCAUCAUCCGAAAAGUGAUGUUCGUCAUUUGGCCGUCAAGCAUCUUCAUGACUUGAUAAUGAGUGACAAGGUAUCCCAGGACGAUGAGGAGUUUAUCAGUGGAGCACUAUUAGCUCGUCUCAGUGAUGAAGACCUCUCUGUGGUAGAUAGUGUGUUGAAUAUGGACAAGGUUCUUUUAAAGUUCCUGCCUCAUGAUCAGCUAGUUGAAAAGUUGUUAGGAAUACUAGAGACAGGAGAAUGGAAUGAGCAUUGUGAUAAGGCUGUUUCACUACUGAGCUGUUCUGAGUUGGUGGAUGAUAACCCUAUGUUGGUGGACAGAGUGGUGUAUGGUCUGUUGCCAUUGUUGUUCGUUAAUCAGAAGAAUCAUAAACAGACUGUGGUGUUGGCAAGGAAACUGUCAUGGACAGGAUUGACUGAAGCACAUUAUAUGUUGAAGCACAUGAAGUCUUUUGUGAAAAAGAAAGAAUGGAAAUCCUGUGAGACAUCUUCUGAUCCUGAAGUCCUUGCGGCUGGCAACAGGAUGCUCUUCAGCUGGUUGGGUGAAAACUUGGCCAGUGUACCAAAAAAAGACUUACUAGACAAGGUAGCAGUAUUAUCAAAAUAUUGCACAGAUCAGUCUUCAAACAACAUGUUUACCAUGAUUGUAAACUGCAUCCUCGGCAAGCUGGUAACCAUGACAACUGUUACUGAGAGGCUGGAUGUAUUUGAGGUUGUGUUACAAUUGUUACUUGGAAGCUUGGAAAAUGUAGACAAACAAAAAGAAUCAAGGAAUACAGCAAAGGAUGGAGAGUCAGAACUCAAACAAGAAGGUGUUUCUCUGGAAGGCAUUGUCCCAUCACAAUUGAUUUCAGCACUUUUAACCUGCAUGACCAAAAAGAAAAAGAAACGAACUGAGGCUGCUAAGUCGUCUAUUAACCUAUGGUUGCUAGGCAACUUCAUCAGGAGUUUGAAAGUAAACAGCGUGGCAUUCAAAGGUGUUUGGUGGAACAGUGAAAAGUCUGUAGACUCGACAAGAUACACAAAGAUUCUACUAUUGUUAUUUAAUGUAUUGGUACAUGGUGCAUGUGUGGGAAAACCAACAGCUCACCAGGCUACCUUCAAACAGUUGCUACAAGAGUUGAUUCAGGUAAACAGAGGUAGUAGCCAUGUUGUUGUUGGUCUUACUGAUGGUGAUGAUUAAG